CAUGGAUGUUUGUCCAUUAGAUGACGUAUACAUAAUUAAAGACGUAUCUAGUUAGGAUUUAGUUAAGUUACGCGCGAAGGCCGAACGCGCCAGUUGUAAGGUUAACUUGCGCGGGAAAAGACGACGUGACAUUACUUUUUUUUAUUUAAAAAGUUCGGUUGUGAAUCUUUUUUAGUGUUUUGUUUAUGGUUUUUUGACACUUUAAAGAGAUAAAAUAUCAAGAUGGUGGCGCGUCGGGAUUCAGAGGCGGUGCCCCUCAUUCCUCAGUUCUACGCCGGAAGGUCGAUAUUCAUAACGGGAGCAACUGGGUUCAUGGGGAAAGUGUUGAUCGAGCGCAUACUAGCAACCUGCCCCGACGUCGACCGGCUAUACCUGCUGGUGCGGCACAAAAAAGACGUCUCGCCGGAGAAACGGUUGCAGCAACUCAUCGAUUCACCUGUGUUUGACCCAGUCCGUGCCACUGACCCAGCACAGCUGGACAAGCUCAGCAUGCUAGCCGGAGACAUCACCAAACCCGACCUAGGAAUGAGUCAGGAGUCAUUGCUCAGGUUACAUGAUGUAUCAGUGGUGUUCCACUCGGCUGCUACCCUGAAGUUCGACGAAGCAAUGAAGAUGGCUGUGGAGCAGAAUGUUCUGUCUGUUAUCAGACUGUUGGAGAUCUGUGAUCGGCUGCCAAACAUGCAGGCGUUCGUCCACGUAUCGACAGCCUACAGCAAUGCAGAACUGCGUGAAGUAGAAGAGCAUGUCUAUCCCCCGAAGAUUUCUCUGCAGCAGUUGUUAGCCGUAUCGGAGUCCUUACCCGAAGACCUUAUGAUGGAGAUCACGCCAAAAUUUAUAUCUCCGAAACCCAACACGUACACUUUCACAAAAGCCAUGGCGGAGCACGCGGUACAACAACAUGGCAAUAAAGGUUAUGCCUGCGCGAUCUUCAGACCUACCAUAGUGAUAUCGUCAGUGAAGCACCCGUAUCCCGGCUGGAUAGAGAACCUGAACGGCCCGAGUGGUGUGAUAGCGGCGGCCGGCAAGGGCUUGCUGCACGUGUUCUGCUGCAAUCCCGACGCCGCAGCCGACAUGUUGCCCGUCGACAUCGCCAUCGACACGCUGCUGGCCGUGGCCUGGGAGACGGCCAUAGACAAAUCGAAAGAGGUUCGCGUAUACAACUGCAGCACGCGGGAGAACCCCACCGACUGGCGGGGCUUCGAGCAGGCGCUGCGGCGCUACAUCGUGGAGCACCCGCUCGACCGCGCCUACUGGUACCCGUCCGGCGCUAGCGUCGGCAAUACAUACGCACAAAAAGCAAUUGAACUAUUGACACAAACCGUGCCGCUUCACCUUGUGGCUUACACCAUCCGCUUACUUGGAAUCAAAACACAAUUAAACCUGAUCACCGUAAGCCAUCGUCUUCAAGCAAUGAAUAAAGUAUUAAAGUUCUUCGCACAAAGAGAAUGGGUGUUCCACAACGAGAAUGUGAGGAGACUCCGCGCAAGGAUCUCACCGCAAGACGCGAAGAUUUACAAUCUGGACCCUAACAGUUUUGACUGGGACGAACACUACUGUAACUUUAUCAAAGGCACAAGGAAGUACCUGCUGAAGGAGAAGGAGCAAGAUAUAGAAGAAGCGAGAAAACACAUCAAAAAAAUGUUCUACGUGCACUACAGCUUGCUGCUAUUUGUCGUCGUGUUGCUACUUCGUUUCGCGUUGAACAACAGUUUCGUGAGACAAUUCGUGUACGGGGUGGUCAGGACUUUGACGGCGGUCGCCGGGGCGGUGUUCUCGAGGAUCAGCGCGUAGUUCUACCGUCAUAAGGAAGGAAAGAAGUAUCUAUAUCUUUCUCUCGUCUCUGCAUGAUCCCGGGUUGCGUUCGGGGUUGUAGAGCCGCAAAGCCCGGGGUCAGUGUAAAUAAAAUACCUUUGAAAUUCUAAAGAUUUGGCUGAUUUUACAACUGGCCUCCUGCUUGACGUCAACCCUCCUGGAAUGCUAUUAUAUUGCCUAUCAGCUGUCUAUGCUGUGUGUCCCUCAGUCGCCUCGUACGAUAUCUACAAGAGUAUAUAUAGGUCCUAUUCUAAGGCGGAACCACACGCCACGAAAAAAGUGUUUAUUUAUUGUACAAAAUUACAAAAAUAUAUUUUUGCCUAAAUUAAAAUUAAGUAAUAUAUUUUUUAUUUAUUACUGCAAUCAGUUAAUGAAUACUUAUCAUUAAAUAAAUAGACGACGUUGAACGAAAAAUCUGAAAUAAAUAGUAUGUAUCGAAAAAUGCUCAAAUUGUAUUAAACCAUGGCAAAGCUCAAAUAUAGUUAAUUUUCUUUUUAAGUUAUAAUAAUUUGCUGUAAGGAUUUAUGUAACAUAGCGUUAAUUAAACUUGUGUAUUAUGGUGCUUUAAUUAUGCCAUGAAAGAUACCUUAUCUGUCGUGUCUUGUGGGUAGUAUAACGACCAAUUAUUAUAUAUGUACCUUAUUUUCUGAUAUUAAGGAUGUAUAUCCUUAUUACCAGAAAAUAAGGUUAUAUUUGUACUGUACAGUUUAAAUAAUUACAAUUAUUUAUAUAAUAAAUGUUUAUUUCUAUUU